UUAGAUCACGGCGCGGAGUGAUUAGUUGUCCGCCGCACGCUGCGCACCCCUCCGCCGGGCCGCGGUGGGAUCGGCUGGAAUAACCUUGGUGUGAGCCCGUUGAGCGGUUGGAGAGCAGAGCGAGAGGCUGAACGGCGCGGCGGCGGAAGAUUGGCGACUGCUGGCGUGAACAUGGCGGAGACCGUACGCUCGCUCUUCGAAUACCGGGACCCACACUGCCUGGACAGCGACGGAGAGGGCGUCAAACCGACGCCGCCGCUCCGUGGACGCGGCUGUGGAAGGAAAAGAAAAGGAACACCCGUGAAAGUCUUUGUUACGCACACUGAGGAGGAGAGCGUGACUGAACAUAGCUCCAGCCCAGGUGAUCGGAAGGAAGCAGGAGAAAAUAAGCGGCCCACCCUGGACGGGCCUUUCUACAACACAGAGCCUGCUCCUCAUUACUGCAGUGCAUUGGAGCAGACUCAUGAUAAAGUCUCCACUGGAUCAAGAACCAGCUCCUGCUCAGCCUCUACACCAGCUCCAUCUCCAGCUCCUUCUUCAGCUCCAACCCCGACACCAGUCCCUGCUCCUGCCCCGGCCACUGCAACUUCAGCUCAGGCCCCUUCUCUGACUCCUGCAUCCACAGCCCCAGCUGCCCCGACAGCCUCUGCUCCGGCUCCAACAGCCAGCUCCUUCCCUCCCUCCCCCAACUGCCGUAUCAGAGAGGUCCACUGUGGCAGCCAGGUGCGGUUGGUCGUUAUCGCCAUACGAGACAUCACGAAGGGGGAGGAGAUCACCGUGGACUACAGCCUGACGGAGUGGGGAGAGAACCUGGGUUUCCGUGGUACUGUGUCUCCAGUGCAACACGAAUGUAAUUCUGACACUGAGAAUAACAACAAUAUCAAGAAGGAGGAAGAGCCUCUGUCAUUAACCUCACAGCAGCAACAGCGGCAACAACAGCAGCAGGAAUAUGUCACCCCCUCUUGGUCCCUCUCCCCCUCCUCCUCCCCCAUCUCUCACUCUGAUGCCAGUGACUCAGAUGCAGGAGAUGAGGACAACUCCAGCCCUCGUGGACGUGCAGUUCGCCGGCGAAAGAAACGUCGCGGCACUCCUUCAAAGAAAAAGACCCCACAUCGGACCCCACCAGGGCGGCCAUCACCCGUCUCCCCCUCCAACGUUUCUCAACACAGCCGCCCGCUUCCUUCAUCCCAUUCACCAGCGCAGUCCUCCCCUCCCUGCUCCUCUUCCUCCUCCUCCUCUUCUUCAGCUAAGGCUAUGUUCAAACCUCCGGCUCCACUGGGCUCCAGCACCACAGGCAACAUCACUACAAAUGUCCCCAGAGGGGGGGUGUCCAUAGACUCCAUGCGCCAAACCUGCGAGUAUUGUGGACGCCACUUCCGCUCUCUAGGUCGCCACUUAGACAAACACCACGCUCACCAGCCCGAUGUGUGCUCUGCCCUCGUUGAACGCUACACACAGGUGCCCCGUGUGCAUGCACAGAACGCAAACCCUGCCACAGCCCCUCACACCCAGCAACACUCGAAGCUGUCGCACGUCGCAGGACAGAGCCGCAGUUCAGAUCUUGCACAAGCUGGUGUCCAGGACCUCUCCAUGUCUCCGCCCACUCUCACAGCAGCCAACCAAUCUCCUGCUUCCUCUGGGAGGAACUCCACCCCUCCUGUGCUGACUCCGCCACGAGGACAGAACGCUGUGGCGGUAUCUGUGUUGAAGAGGAGCCCCCCGCCCGUGGCUGUGACGCAGUCCAGGAAGGGAGCAAUGAGGAAGCUAAAGAAAGAAAGACAGAUAAAGGUAGAAGAGAAUGAGCAGGAGGAAGACGAAGAAGAUGUGGAGGUUGUGGAGGUAAAGAGGCCCAAAGAGGAGGACGACAUAGAGCUGGUGUGUCCUCAGUCCUACAGCAGGAAGUUGGCCAAAGAGAUAGAGCCACCAAAAGGAGAGGAGGAGGAGGAGGAAGAAGAGGAAGAGGAGGAGAAUGGAAUAAUGGAGGUGGAGGAUGAAAGUGGGACCGAGGAUAAGGAAAAGGACUUGCUGAGUUCGGGGCGUCACCACAUGCUGCCCCUCCUCUCGUCCCUGUCCUCUCUUGUGCUGUACCUACGUCGGCUGCAGCACUCGGCCUUCUUGUCCCUGUCACGGCAGCUGCAGUCUGCUGAGGCCUGGCGCCUUCUCUGUCACUCCAGCCUGGCCCUCCUUAUUCUGUAUAACCGACGACGUGAGUGCGAGGUCUCCAAGCUGUCCAUUGCUGAAUAUCACGCUCGUGUUACUCCUCAGUGCCCUGUCCCGGUCCCCCCUGGUGCUCCUCCCGCUCUCACGCCCUUGGAGGCCUCCCUCUCCCCCUUUGAGCGCCUGGUGCUUCCUCACCUCCCCAGAGUUGGAGUCCAGGGUAAACGUGGACGUGUCCAGCCCCUCAUCCUACCCCCUCACUGUGAACCCUGCCUGGAGCUUCUUCUGCAGACACGGCAGGACGUAGGAGUUGACCCCACAAACCCGUACGUCUUUGCCCGACCCUACCACUCCCCUGCCACACCGCUGCGUGGCACCGACCUCCUCCGCAGCCUGGCUCGUUCCAGCGGUACCCGCAAUCCCCGGGCCCUGACCCAGACAAGGGUUCGCCGCCAGGUAGCAAUCCUAACCCAGCUGCUGCUUCUAGGAGAAGGAGAGGAGCCUGGACAGCCAGGAGGAAGUGCUGUAGAGAGGCUGGAGCAUUUUCUUGAGAGGGAGUACCACGUGACGCAGAAUUGUGCGGGAAUUGGCCAAGACCCAGGCCUGAUGGGCAGAGUGGGCAGAGUGGUGCUGUGUGGAGAGAGAGAUGGAGUGCUGUUCAGGGGAAUGAGCCUGAACCACAUCUGUCUUGAACUGGAUGUUAUGUCAGGAAACUCUGCAGACUCGUACUCGGAAGGAGAGUCUGAAGGGGAGCACAUGAAGGAGAAGCCCGAGAUGAACGCCCCUGUUCCUGCUCUGAACCCUACACCUACCCUGCUGUAUGUCAGGAAGGGCAAGAACAACGGGCGGGUGGGGCGACCCAAGAAGCUCAAGAACAUCCAGCCACUGCCUCCGCCACCUCCACCUCCGCCUGCAAAAUGCAGGAGAGGCUCAGGUCAGCAAAAAUCAGGAAAGCGAGGCGUCCUGAAGCGUCCCUGGUCGGAGGCAGAGCGUGCAGCAGUCGAGGAGCACCUGACCCAGAACAUCAACGAGCUUCGAGUCCCUGCCAAGGCUGACUGCGAGCGCUGCCUGCAGCAGUGCCCCCUGCUGGUCAGCAACCAUCGUGACUGGCGAGCCAUCAAGUUCUACUGCCACAACCGUAUUCAGCUGCUGAAGAAAAAUCAGCGGCGUGAAAGCGAGCCCCAGCCUCUCACUGUCUGCUGAGAGGGGAGAGAGCCAGUAAGAUGUGUAGUACAGUGCAGCUGACCAGAGCAGAAUCUCAAAUGGUACCCUUCUGCUAGAAAUGCACAAAUUUUGAGAGGACGGUCCUAAAUUUCACUCCACUCUCCGGUAGUGUGGCUUGCUUUUUGACAUGGCUGUCAAUUGGACAUCUGAUUGAAUUUCAUUUGGAGCCAUACAAGAUCGGAAAUUUCAAUUAAACUGUUGUUGCUGCUCUACUUUAAGGUCUUAAAAUUACACUAGAGUAUUUAUGGUGCUCCUGGUUUUGACAGUUACCGUGCAAGUCUUGUCAAAAGCAGUGCACUUGGAUGGGUGCCGUUUGAGACAUGCCUUGUGGGACUUCAGAGAUGUGGCACUGGCCGCAGCCCGUGUUGUGUUGUAUAUGGACAUUUUUUCCUUCCAAAAUGGAAACACUAAACUGAAAUGUAAACAAGGGAGGCUAUCGAUCCCUACAGUGUUGUUAUAUGAACGUUGUGAAGUAGCAUUAGUGUUUUAUGCACUUGAAAACGUUAAUAAGACAAAUGGCCUGUGCUUGGGCCACACUUUCCUUCAUAGCGGCUUUAUAAUUAGAGUAGACCUAACUACUGCUAACUGACAAGAAUAGUCAUAUCUCUCCUCAAGCGAGCUAGUUCUUCUUUUCAUACAACUGACUGUGCAAUUCUGACUAUGGUUUCAUGAUAUUUGGACCUUAAUUUACGUGAGGUACUACAUGAUGAAUGAAUUAUGCUUUUACAGUUACUAUGAAGUUUUUUUUUUCAUUGAAAUGAAACACAUCCUUACAAUGGAGAUCCUGUUUGGAGCUGUAGGUUUUAUGACAAAGACAAUUAAAUGGCCUCAGAAUGUUGUGAAGUUACUUUUGGAUACCUAAGAUGUUUAGUUAAAUCAUAAAGUCAAACAUAUGAACUGUUGUAAAACAGGUUGUCUCUCGGCUGCUUUCCUGUCAACAGAUAGCGUCAAGAUGUCAAUAACUACUAUUUUAUCCUGAGCAACGGUAUGUUUGUGUUUCCUUUUGUUCUUCUGCCUCUUGCACAUUUGUCAUUCAAAGUAGUAAAAAUGUGCCAUAGGCCAAUAAGCUGGAUAUCACUUUAUGUGUGGAAAAGAGAUUUCCCUCGGUUGUGUUAAAGGUUACUUAAAAAGUGGGCAUUCAUCAGAGAAGUGAUUGUUCUGUGGCGCCACAUUUGUUUCGUUGUCUGUGUCGUCUUUUCCAAUGGCUAGAGCUCCUCCUGUCCUUUCCCAGACACACUACACCGUUUGCAGCUCGACCAGAUUUUUGGUUUCUUGUCAUUGUUGCUGGAAAUCUGCGUCCAUCGGACUAAAUCCUCCAUGAAACCUCGAGACAGAUACUUGAAGUUAUGUAAACCUUUUGCAGAAUCUUUAUGUUCUUUCUUGCUCUAGCCUUGCCAGUUACAUUGUACAUAACAAAUAUAUUAUUAUACAUUAUGCUAACUGGUUGUUUGUGCUAGACAAUAUGUAGCUUUCUCCAUUUGAGUUAUUGCUAUCUGUACAUAAGCCAGUUUUGUAAAUAUUCCUCAGAGAAACAAAGAAAAAACACAAUGUAUGACAUGCCUUGGUUAUAGUGUUAUGUUUUUUCUUUUUUAUAAGUCUUAUAAAAACUUAAAGCUC